AUGUCGGCGCCGCAGCCGUUGCCUCUGUUGUUGCCAAAGCAGCUCCAGUCUCUUGUUCUGGAAGGUGGAACUGAAAUUGUUGUGGAGACGCGACCGGGCGAACAGAGGCGUUUCUUUCUGCACGUUUUUGACGAGGCGGAGCGGGAGGAGGUGGUGCGUGCCCACACGACCUGCAGCAAGAUUCAUGAACGGAUGCUUGCGGACUUGAAAUGGGCACGGGUGACGCUAUGGAACGAUAUGCGGCUUCAACAGUACUUGUAUAGUCAUGACUGGAUGACGUGGCCAUCGCUCCCAGAGCUAUCGAGCAUGGUGGAUCUUGUGCGAUCCGCGAAGGAAACGGACGAGGUUCCUGAUUUUGUAGGUGCGAAUGCUCUGAAAAAGGCUCUAGACAUCAUUUCAAUGGAGCUGAUGUAUCCAGGCCUCCAUGCCUUAAAGGAAGAGCCUCUUGCGGGGCCGAUUAUGGCGUUUGGUACGACAAGGGCUGACGGCUGUGUGGUUGGGGAUAAGAUGCAUGCAUUGUUAGAUGGAGGCGCAGGGAGGCGUCUUGGAAGCUGUGUGUGGGUGUUGGAGCUUAAAACACAGUUCUUUACUCCUGACGAAGCUGUGCGUCUCCCGCUAACGACACGUGUGCGAGAAGAGUGUUUGCGGGUUAUGCAGCAGCCGUGCUUGGGCGGUGCUGCAGACUCUGGGGAUGCCUGGAAAGCCGUGUUGGCUGCACACCGUCGUCGAAGAGACGAGUUUGGUCUCGGUCUUUUCUGCAGCGUACCAGAAGCGUUGUUGCAGUUUGGUGUAACACCGGGACAUUUGGCAAGAACCAUGUGCGAGGCGGCGGAGAAGGGGCGUCGUGUCCGCCUGCGCGUUGGUAUUUAUGUGACUGUUUUGCAGCGAACUGAGGUGUAUGCCAUUACGCGUGCUCCUUGCCAGGGCGUUGGUGCAGGCGAUCAGUUGGAGCUUAAGGCUGCCUUUGAGCGAACGACAGGUCACCGCUACGACGCAUGCGAGGAGGCUGGCCUCCUACUACACAUAACGGAGAGAGAGACAUUGGAGGAUGCGCUACGUUUGCGUUUUUUGAGUCCGCUUGCAACCGCGCAUGAGAUAGCGGGGAACACGCCACUCACUUCGGCGGUACAACUGACGCGCGUUGUGGUGCGGUACAAUCCCUUUGCUCUUCUGCAUGGCCCACGGGUGGUGGGUGCAUUUCCCGAGAACUCCGGCGUUCGCGGGGCGUUGUCAGAACUACUAUUUUCGCGUGAGGGCUCCGCGCCUGCUGCUGCGCCUUCGCCCGGCGACCAGACCACGACGGCGACGGCGGCUACGAUGGCCUCUGCGACACUUACCGGGGAACAGCUUCGCCGUGCUUUGGAUGAGGCGGUGUUUAAGACCCUUUCUCUGGAACCCAUGAAGAAAGCAGUCCUGAGCGCGCACGGAAACAUGGCGAGGUUUCGACGCCUAGCGAACUUUGAGGCUCUUCUGAAAGAUUCGUUAAAGCGUAAUGCUGAGUACAGAGGGAGUAAAUAUUACUUGAGGGAGUGA